GGCACCGGCCAGUGCGGUAGGUUCGGGGUAGAGAGGUGGCGAGUACAGCGGGACUGGUGAGCUUCUUGUUGAAGCGUACGGGGUUGUACCUCCCGCCUGUUAUCAGCUGGAACUUCAGACCAGACAGGAGCCUCUGUUCGGACGGUGAAGGAGUUUUCUUUUUUGAACCGGGGUUACUCUGUAGGCUACUUUACACUUAAGGGAUUCGCUUCGGAACCUCCGGUUCCCCCCGCUGCGCGAGGUUGCACUGGGGUUGCACGUGAGCGAACUAACGAGACAUACGAGGAGAUAACGGAGCCGUGCGUGGGAAUGGACUGAGGUUUUAAAGCAGCAGGGGAGCAGUACACGUCAAACCUACUCUGCAGCAUCAGUAAUACCUAUUUUACCGUGCGGCAGCAGUCAGCAGCAGCAGCAGCAGCAGUAUGCAGCGAGAGGAAUCCUUUCAGAUGCUUUCCCACUCCAGACAGUGAAGAAAGGGUUCGGAGGGGAGGAGGCAGUUGGGAUAUAUGGGAGAUUUGUUGGAUAUUAAUCAGCCCGUCGUUGUAAACUUGUGUCCGGGAUGGGGAAGGAGCAAGAGCUGCUGGAAGCCGCCCGGACCGGGAAUGUCGCCCUGGUGGAGAAAUUGUUGAGUGGGAAGAAGGGGAUACUCGGGUCAGGCUCCGGCUCCAUCCCUCUGCCCAACCUACUGAGCAUGUGGAAGGGCCUGAAUGUCAACUGCACAGACAGCACAGGAUAUACACCUUUACAUCAUGCUUCACUUAAUGGACACAGGGAAGUUGUACUAAAGCUCCUCCAGUUUGAGGCGUCCACAAAUGUGCCUGACAGCAAGGGUUGCUUCCCGCUGCACCUGGCCGCCUGGCGGGGAGACGUGGACAUCGUCCGCAUCCUGAUCCACCACGGACCCUCACACUGCCGGGUCAACCAGCAGAACCAUGAGAAGGAAACAGCGCUUCACUGUGCAGCCCAGUAUGGACACUCUGAGGUGGUUUCAGUGCUGCUGCAGGAGCUGACCGACCCCGCCAUGAGAAACAGCCAACAGGAGACUCCUCUGGACCUGGCAGCGCUGUAUGGGCGGCUGCAGGUGGUGCGCAUGUUGGUGAGCGCUCACCCCAACCUGAUGACCAGCCACACUCGCCGCCACACUCCGCUUCACCUAGCUGCACGCAACGGACACCACAGCACCGUCAAGACCCUUCUCGAGGCCGGCAUGGACGUCAACUGUGUGACCGAGAAUGGCAGUGCCCUCCAUGAAGCAGCUCUCUUUGGGAAGAUGGAUGUAGUUCGCCUUCUGCUCGACUCAGCGAUUGACACCAAUCUGAGAGACAGCCAGGGGAGAACAGCUCUGGAGAUCCUGGGAGAACAUCCUGCACAGAAAUCCCAGCAGAUCACUGCUGUUAUCCAAGAAUAUAUCAUGGACGAGAUAGAAAGGAGUAGUAUCGUGGAGGAGCCUGUUCGCAAGUGCCCGAUCCCUGCUCCUCGAACCUCUGUUCCUUCGCCCUCUGCCUCCCCCUUGCUCAGACACAAAAAUGAUGCUGUGACAAGUGAGCUGUCCAAACUGCUCCACGAGAUCAAAAAGUGCCGGGACAGGGACUACUCCUUCGAGGAGCUCUGCCACACCAUCUCUUCCCACUCCAUGGACAGCUUUGGCAGCGGGCGGCUUUCUGACGAAGAACGCCCAGACCGACCCAAUGGCACUCUGACCCGAGUCAAGCGGCUGACCCCCCCUCUCGCUGUGGCCGUGGAGGAGGACGAGGUAGAAAAGAGUUGUGGCCCCACUGGAUUCUGGGAGGCCCUGACACCCUGCAACGGCUGCCGCCACCUGAGCUUUUCCAGCCUGGAAAAGGAUUCAAAGCGGUCAGCAGAGAUUGUCGCCUCGCCAUCUCUGGAUGUUUUCCUGCCAGAGGACGAGGACAACCCGUAUGAGUCUGUGACUACAGCCGUCACACGCAAACCCUGCUCCCUCGAUAUCAACCACCAGCUCAACGCCUUUCCACGCAAUGGUCACUUGUCCCGAGUAACGGCAAGUGAGGGUGAGCACGGUAACCAUGGCAACUGCUCAACAGGCCCCACUCCAGACUGCUCCCCCCCCUCCCCCGACACAGCCCUGAAGAACAUUGAGAGAGUCAUCCGCCCACAGCCAAAGCAGCGCACCUCUCUGUCUUCGUCCCUGGACGUCCAGAGGCCGGUCAACAUUAGCUGUGAGCCCAGCGAGGUGAGCUCAUCCCUGGGCUACGCCAGCUUCAGCACCAGCCCCCCUGCCAGCCCCCCACUCAGCCCUAACCAGGAAGACUCUCCAGGCUCCAACGACGACUGUCAGCUCACAGACGACGGGCCCUACCAGCAAGACCCGUCUCCUCCUACUCCUCUCUGCUCUUCCUUCACAUCCAACGCUUUGUUGAAGGAGCGCAGAAAGAGCCACAUUCCAGAGGAGUUUGCAGGCCUCCUUCAUGGAUCUUCCCCGGCUUGUGAAACCCCUGAUACGCCUUACCAUCUUUACAGCCCCAAACCCCAAAAAUAUGCUUCUACGGACACCCAGAGCAGCCUGUUGCAUACCCCCGAGCUCAGCAUAGUAAUCGGUGGAGGACCCACUCAGAUCGUCCCCAGGACGGGGUGCAAUUCAUCGCCUCAGAGGGCCGCCCACGACCCCCAGAAGCCACAGGUGGUGUACCGGACUAUCUUCCACACUAGGGUCAACCAGGACCAGGCCCGAACCAGGAACUGGGAGCAGGCAGAUCAAACUUGUGGCUGGUCUUCACUGGGCCACCCACCCUCCAACUCCCCUGGUGAGAACGGGAAAGUUCCAGAGCUACGGGGAAUCCAGACAGGAGGUGUGCCCAAGGGAAGUUCAUUGGGUGCUGGCUACGAAGAGAGGGCUUGCACCCUGGGGAGGAUGAGGUCCGUGCCCCGCAGUGUUUUGGACUUGCAGUUGUCAAAAUCUCUGUCCAAAUCUGAUUCCAACCUGGUGGCUGUAUCGCCUAUACAGGAGGAGCACGGCUGGGGUUCUGGAUCUCGUGGCCAGGGGCCUGGCAGUCCCAGCACCAGAGAGGGUGCCAGCCCAGGGGGAAGACUGGAGAGAACGCCCUCCUUUACUGCUGAGUGGGAAGAGAUUGACAAGAUUAUGAGCUCUAUUGGGGCAGGAAUAAGCAGUGGAUUGGACAUUAAGAAAGAAACCUCAGGUCCCCGCUGCCCACUGCAGUCCGUGGGCCAGUGGCUUGACUCCAUCGGCCUGGUCCAGUAUGAGAACCACCUGCUGGCCAAUGGAUUUGACAAUGUCCAGUUCAUGGGCAGCAAUGUGGUGGAAGACCAGGACCUGCUGGAGAUUGGGAUUCUUAACUCGGCCCACAGACAACGCCUCCUGCAGGCCAUACGGCUGCUGCCCAGGGUGCGACCUGUCGGUUACGAUGGCAACAAUCCCACGUCGGUGGCAGAGUGGCUGGAGUCAUUGGAACUUGGUGACUAUACCAAGUCUUUCCUCGUCAACGGUUACACCUCCAUGGAGCUGGUGAAGAAGAUCUGGGAGAUCGAGCUCAUCAAUGUACUGAAGAUCGGUCUUAUCGGACAUAGAAAACGGAUCCUUGCCUCAUUGGGGGACCGGCUACACGAAGAAACCCCACAAAAACCUCCGCGGGCCAUCUCCCUCAGGGAGCCUGGUGGGAACCACACUCCUCCCCAGCUCAGCCCGUCAGUGGGCCAGGCAGCGUACACGGCGGGGGUCCCAGGCGGAUCUCUUGACGUGCAGCACCUCAUCAUGCAGGCGGAUGCCCGGCGCAGGCAGCGCAGUAAUGACAACUACUUCGAGGACGUGCCGCGAUCCAAGCUGGAGCGGCAGAUGGCCCAAGUCAGCAUGGCAGGCGAGUGGUGCGAGCCAAUCACGUUGCGUCCGCCCAACGAGGCCACCUCAUCCACCCCGGUGCAGUACUGGCAGCAUCACCCCGAGAAGCUCAUCUUUCAGUCCUGUGACUACGAAGCUUACUACCUGGGCUCCAUGCUGGUGAAGGAGCUGAGAGGGACAGAGUCCACACAAGAUGCUUGUGCCAAAAUGAGGAAGUCAACAGAACAGAUGAAGAAAGUGCCGACCAUCGUGCUCUCCGUGUCCUACAAAGGAGUUAAGUUUAUUGACGCCACAAAUAAGAACAUCAUAGCAGAACAUGAGAUUCGGAACAUCUCGUGUGCAGCUCAGGAUCCAGAGGAUCUGUCUACAUUUGCCUACAUCACCAAAGACCUCAAGUCCAGUCACCACUACUGCCACGUCUUCACUGCUUUUGACGUGAACCUGGCGUAUGAGAUCAUUCUGACACUUGGCCAGGCCUUCGAGGUGGCCUACCAGCUAGCCCUGCAGGCCAGAAAGAGCGGCCACGGAUCAUCCACACUGCCGGAGAGCUUUGACAGCAAGCCCAGCAAACCUGUCCCCAAACCUCGAAUCAACAUCCGCAAAUCUAUGGAGCAACCGUCCAUGGACCAGAAGGGCCACGCCAACGUGCCAUGGAUUGUGGAGCCGGGUCAGGAGGCCAAGAGAGGAGUCAACACCAAGGCAAUGCCGGACGCUCAUGUCUAUUACUGUGGAAUGCAAAGAAUGUAGCCAGCCCUAAACACGGACCUUGUCACACACACAAUGCAAAAUGGACUACAAAAGGACAACAAACAUGGAUGCUACCCCGCAGUGUUUAAGGUUGACUACCAAAUGUUAACAUCAUUCCUCCCUAUGAUGCUUGACACAGUAAACAUGACAAAAAGACACUUAUACACACUAACAGGACUGCAUCCUGACCGAUGACGGUCUGCUCUGAAUGUACACUUAUUUGAAAGCAGCCUCAAGAUUCUGUAACUGCAGCAGGAUCUGUUUAAUAUGGCCAACCGGGACGUGUGACCUGUGAACUUUUGGAUGGUCACUGUGUCUCCAUGGAGACGGAGUAUGGUUACAGGGCGUCUGUCGAUAACAGACAAUGGACUCGUUAAAGACACCACUUGGCAUGUGUCAGUGUUGGCAUGGGUUUAAGGACGCUUGGCUGGCUCUUUUGUUUUUUUCUUUUGUUUUCUUUGAAGUCAGAAAAUAAUACUGAGAUAUAUGCACAAGCGUGUAAAUGUGAUUGGACCUGCUGCAACACGCUGGAGAUGCAACAGGUGUGUCCUGAUGAGAUGUGUCUCAUGACGGAUGAACCUGCAGUAUGUGAACAAAACAGCAUCUGACGUUAAAAAAAAAAAAAGUAUUCUAUUCGUAUUGCCCAACAUUUUAAUGUUUAAUAUGAGAGUAUUAUAUUACCAUGAUGAUUAUGAUUAUUCUUGUGCAAUUCUUGUCUACUGUUGUCUUAAUGUUACAUUAUUUUUCUAUUUUAUGAGAUGAAAACAUUAGGCUUGAAAAAUGACGAACAUCCUUUAAAAAAAUCGAAACUAUAUGAUCAUACUUGUACACAGAGAGUGAAUGUUGCAGGUGGCUAGCUUACUCUUGUCAGGUCAACCCUUCAUCAUUUCUCAUGGGGCUCUACUCUUAUCUAGCAGAUGUACUAUUUUAAACGCAGUAUUACUGUAUUAUUUGGAUGAGACGUUAUCCAGUUAUAAAAUGUACAUAGAUAUUUUGCCAAUUCAUUGUUCAUACAUGUAAUGUAAAAGAGAAAAGAAAGGGUUGAAGUAAUGUAUGUGGCACUGGAAACAAGGUACCAAAAUAAAGGUUGGAAAUUAAAAGAAAGCGGUAGAUUGUAGAGAUUGUAUUUUGAGUGAAAACUGAAAUGGGGUUAUUUGGUUACAUCACUGUUGACCAACUUAUGUACAUAGGCUUGGGCUUCCAGCACACUGAUUUUUGUAAUUUUGGCCAUUAUUUAUAUCCUUGUUAAACACAUGGAAUAAAAUAUGAAUUGUUAAAACCAUUA